UCCCGCCUAGUCUCCUCAACGCAUCCACGACGACAACACCAAUCAUUCCUUUCCAAUCUGCAGCCAGCCUCUGAUCGCCGUCGACCGACCGAUCGGAUGCCGAUGGCGAAGCCGAGCGUGGCGGUGGCGGAGGCUUCCGGCGUCCCAGCGCAGGCGUCGUGCUCGUGCCCCUGCCCGGGGACGACGCUGUUCCCGUACCCGCCGCCGCGCGGCGCCAGCGGGAUCGCAGCCGCCGCCGUGCGCCGCAAGUGCUUGCAGGCGGAGGUGGGCGGCGGCGCCUGCUGGGGCGUGGAGUCCAUGCGGGCGUCGUCGCCCACGCACGCCAGGGCCGCAGCCGCGCUCGCCGGCGCCGGCGCCGACGAGGAGGAGGAGCGCGCCGCCUGGAUGGCGCGGCACCCGUCGGCGCUGGGCAAGUUCGAGAGGAUCGUGGCGGCGUCCGAGGGCAGGCGCAUCGUCAUGUUCCUGGACUACGACGGCACGCUGUCGCCCAUCGUGGACGACCCCGACGCCGCCUUCAUGAGCGAGACGGUGAGCAGGCCGAACCAGCUAGCUAGCGCGUUAAUGCGGAUGGCCGUGCGUAGCGUCGCCAAGCAUUUCCCGACGGCGAUCGUGAGCGGCCGGUGCCGCGACAAGGUGUUCGGGUUCGUGAAGCUGGCGGAGCUCUACUACGCCGGCAGCCACGGCAUGGACAUCAAGGGUCCGGCCAAGGCCUCUUCUUCCCGGCACGAGAAGGCCAAGGCAAAAGGAGUCCUGUUCCAACCGGCAACGGCGAGCGAGUUCCUGCCCAUGAUAGAGGCUGUGCACGAGCGCCUGGUAGAGACGACGCGCAGCAUACCCGGGGCCAAGGUGGAGAACAACAGGUUCUGCGUCUCCGUCCACUUCAGAUGCGUCGACGAAAAGAUGUGGGGCGAGCUGUGGGAGUCGGUGAAGGGCGUUCUGCGGGAGUACCCCAGGCUGCGGCUGACGCAGGGGCGGAUGGUGCUGGAGGUGCGGCCCACCAUCAAGUGGGACAAGGGCAAGGCGCUCGAGUUCCUGCUCGAGUCGCUCGGCUUCGCGGGCUGCACCAACGUCCUGCCCGUGUACAUCGGCGACGACCGCACCGACGAGGACGCCUUCAGGGCGCUGCGGCGCCGGGGCCAGGGCCAAGGCGUCGGCAUCCUGGUGUCCAAGCACCCCAAGGAGACCAGCGCCUCCUACUCGCUCCAGGAGCCCGCCGAGGUGAUGGAGUUCUUGCUGCGGCUCGUCGAGUGGAAGCGCCUCUCCAGGCUGAGUCGGACGCAAUGAGACGAUCGACGCAACGGACCAAGCUAACUGAUGCGGCCAAGUGCCAGUUAGUAGGGUGUGUGUAACAACUAACAAGCAAGCAUGCGCGUACAUUAUUGCCCAAUAGCUAGUGCGUGUUCAAUUAUUAAUAUACCGACCUGCCAAGAGCAUGGGUUUGUUAAUCGGGAACAUAUCUGGUGCAAAUCAACUCCUCUGUGCAAACAUGCAAACUUUUAAUCUAGGCCACAUGAUGUUGAUAAAAUGGACAAAGGGGCGUAGAUAAUUUUACACUUAACCACCCACUACUAAUCACACUUUUUCAAAUCCCCCUCCCACUCCCCCCGCACGGCUCCUUGGACCAACAUUAUGUGGUUCAGAUUAUAAGUUUUCACGGUUACGCGGAGGAGUUGUUUUGCAGCAGAUAUGUUCCCUUGUUAAUCAACGUGGAUGCAUACAAGCAAACCCAAGGGCAUGCAUGUACGAUGCAAUUAUUGCAAUGGACGCGAAUCAUCCAGUUUCUA